CGAGGAUGUAUGUGCCAAUUUAGACAAGCCCGAAAACGAGGGAGCAGAAACGUAUGUGGAGUUCCAGAUCUACCGAUUAGCCUUUGUGUCAGCUGCCAUCAAAGCGCUGCCUUGCAUUGUUUUGGCCAUGUUGGCAGGACCGUGGUCUGACCGGUUUGGACGGAAGUUGUUGAUUGCCUUGCCGUUGAUUGGAUUUGUCAUUGCGGAUGCGGUUUUUGUCACAUUGGCAUCCAUUGAGACCGUUGGGCCGGAUUAUAUCCUAUUUGAGACUAUACAUGACCUCUUUGGGGGUAUCCCGCUCUUGAUGUUGGGGGCGUUUGCGUAUAUAGUUGACGUGGCCCCAAAGGAGACACGAUCCUCGAGGAUGGCCAUUCUCGAGGCCGUAUUUCUGGUGGGCUUGGCUCUAGGUGACUUGGUUGGCGGUCCCAUCGAUUCCUUUGCGGGCCACUCACCCAUCUAUAUCCUAUCAUUGAUUUUGAUCUUGGCAGGGAUCUUGUCCGUUCCGGCAUUUCUGAAACUUAAGCAAGCUGUGAACAAAUCAGAUCAAGUCCCGAUUAUGGUGACGGAAGAUCCGGAACUAGAGGUCCCUUCGACCUCAAUGAUGAAGAUCUUCUUCAAGCCUAAGAACGUGAGUCAAACUCUGGCCAUAGGAACACAAAAGCCGGAGUCCGGUAACCGGGGGAUCGUGUGGAUUUUGAUUCUGAUCUUCUUCUUCCUGGAGCUCGUGACCCUAGGUGAGAAGAUCACGGAUGUUAUGUAUGUCAGAGAGACUUUCCCUUCCGAAGAUCUAGCGGCCUUUACCAUGUGGUGGAACACUUUCUACGCCAUCUUCACAGCUUGGGGCAUCUUCUGUCUGGCUGUCAUGGUUCCGGUUCUCAAGCAAGUGUAUCAUUUCUGCGACCCGACCAUCAUCCUGAUCGCGGUCAUCGGUGGCUUUCUCCGUUCGAUUACGUUUCUUUUGGCUACGGAUCGGGCUCAUCUGUUCAUCGGAAGUUUCGUGGAUAUGUUCAACUUGGCUGGAAUCGUCGCCACUCGGUCGUCGCUCGCCUCUUUGGUGGAUGAUAAGGACAUUGGGAAACUUUUCGGAUUGCUGGCCGUGGUCCAAUCCAUCGCCUCUGGCUUGUCUCCACUCUACCAUUUAAUGUUCGAAGGCACGCAAAAUUUCCAUCCGGGAUUGUCAUUUUGCAUUCACGCUACAAUCUACAUCAUCAUCGGACUAGCCGCUAUUUAUCUAAUCCUUCAUUUCCGACGCAAUCGGAUUGGUUACUUUCAAAAGCCGGAGUUUGUGGAAACUGAGGCUAAUGUGGUGAAUCGGCUCAGCCAAGUGUGUGUUCCAAACAUUUCGCAUGACGUAGGCUCGAUCGUGAUGAAUAGCAACACCAAUAAUGAUAACAAUGAUAGCAAUAAUAAUCAUAAUAAUAUCACUAAUAAUAAUAAUCAGUAAGUGUAUCAUAAAAGUGCAUGCAACUACGCAAACAAACAAGCUCACCUCAAAUACUUAUUUAUAUUUCAUGAAUCUUGAGAAUACAUUCAACGUUUUGCACAUGGGA